AUGGAUGCCCCUCAGUCUACAAACUAUCAGUCCCAGACCAAGUCUUUCAAGCUUGGCCAGCACAAUGCAGUGCAUCAGUACAAGCUCUGGAUGCCUACUGGCAACAGCAUCACCUUGCCGGCUGGCUCAGCACCAGCAGACCCAUUAGUCAGUGGCAUCAUCUGCUCCAGAGAGCAGCAGGUGACACUCUCUGCUGAACAUUGUCCUAUCCUAAGGUCCCAAUUGGCCAGGCAGGUCCCAGGCUCCUAUAGGGACAUGCUGGAGUCAGAGGAUCCACCAUCAGAAGAGGAAGAUGUGGUGUUGGCAGCAUCACCUGCAGUGGAGGCAGAGGAUCAGGAGGAGCAGGAGCAGGAGCAGGAGGAGCAGGAGCAGGAGGAGCAGGAGCAGGAGCAGGAGCAGAAGCAGGAGCAGGAGCAGGAGCAGGAAGAAUACAAGGAGCAAGAAAAGGAGGAGAGGCAAGAAGUUGGCCAAAAGGAGAUGUCCAUAUUGUACAUCUCUGAUGAUGAAUCAGGCAAAGAGCAUGCUGUGGCCCCACAGCAAGCUGUAGAGGAUCCUAAGGGGAAGAAACACUGUGCUCAUGGCUUGUCCAAUCUAGGCGAGCUUGAAACAAGCCCUGUGCAGAAGACUCCUGCCAAGUGCCAGAAGUAUCCUACUCACAAGGUUGACGAUUUUCUGGGCACCCCAGGCAAGAUUAUCUGCCCCACCCUUGGUUUGGUGAUCCAAGAUCUCUUGGUACAUCAAGGCAAUCUCCAGGUCAACCACCUUCAGAUGGGCAGCAGGCAGCACAUACCAAUCCAAUCAGAUUGUGGGCAACUUCCCAAAAGUGGGAUUUGGCAACUUGCCCAGAGCGUCACCUCUUGGUGUCACCCCCUCUUGGACUAUAUGCAUGAAUGGUACAAAGUGAAGCCUACCAAUGGAGAAGAGGUCAAUACCUUUUCCACCCUGAUUCCUGGUGGUGGAGUGAGCGACUGGCAUAUGGAUGGAUCUGGUGUGAUCAUGGUCAUCAUCCAUGUGUCCAACCUGGUGGAGAAGGGCCCGAAGAAGCUAUGGCUCAUGGCUCCCCAGACUGAGAGAAACAAUGCCAUCUUGGCUAAGUUUCUUUAUGCCAGGAAAAAACACAUGCUGUCUGCAGCAGUGAUACCCUUCCUGGAGAAUAUCCAGUAUGUUCUGGUGACACCCAGAACAUUAGAACAUACUGCAUUCUUCUUGGCUCCAGGAAUGUGGCACUGCAUGCUGACCUUUGAUAUCUCAGCACAUGUGGCAUUCCUCAUCUAUGAUGUCAGAUUAUGGCUGCAGGCUCAGAAGGUGAUGGAGUCCAAUAUCAAGAGAGUGUCUGGACUCAUAGGCAUGGCUGAGCAAGCUGAACAGGUGGAGAUGAUGAUAGAGGAGUUGGAUGCAUGGAGAGAGGUGGGAGCACCCCAAAGGUGGGCCAAAGAAGCAAGGGCAGGUCUUUCUUCAUGGCUGGCCAUGCUGAAGGAGACUUGA